UAACUUUUCGUUAACAAUUCUCGCUAUUUAAUCUAAUAAAAUAAAAAUCGAAUCAAUGAUAUUAAUUCGGCUUUUAUUUGACUUAAUUUGAUGUAAUGACUCAUGACGCAAUUCAGGUAACCAUAUCAACAAAAGUAAACAAUAAAUUAGAGACCAGUUGGUUACUGGUAACCGGUUACUUGGUUAGAGGGGGAAAAAAGUAACCAAGUAUGGUUACUAUAACCAGUUACUAUAACCGGUUACAAAAUAACCGGUUACUUGCUGGUUACAUGGAGAGGGAAAUUUGAAAAGAAAGUAAAGAAAGUAAACAACAGAUUUCUAAAUACAUUAAUAGAUGGCGCUGAUAAAAGAUGGAAAAUCAAACUUUUCAUUUUUGAAUUUGGCGGUAAGAAAUUUGUAACCAGCAAGUAACCGGUUAUUUGUAACUGGGGGUGAAAGAACCACAGUUACUGGUUAUACUAACCAAACUAGCCUGUAACCGACGUAUCUCUACAAUAAAUACUAAACCAAAAACCUAACCAAUCAAAAUUAUGCAUUCAAAAACCACUAAAUUCAAAUAAAUUUAAUAAUUGAAUCGACUUUGAAUAUUGUACUGGACAUUCUGAGUAGCCCUUGUGAAAUAUAAAAUACCCAAAACUGGCCUUGUUUAUCAGUCAACUCAUCGUCCAAAAGUGUCUUAAGUAUCUCUCAACUGUCUCCCUCUAGUGUUUCCCAAUUACUUCAUUUGUAAAAGUGAGUUUUGGGUUUCUCUUCCUCUUUUUUCCUUUUUUAAAGUUGGUUUGACAAUUAACUUGAUCAAAUCUCAUAGUUCCCAUUGAUUGGAGGGAAAUUUAGAGAGCGCAAUUAUUUUGUUUAAAUCCAAGACAAAUAAAGAUCGCCAUAUUUAAGGGACUUAAAAGUAUUAUCUGGUUAUUUUCACAAUUUACAUUUAGAUUGUUUUAUCCACUGUUAAUCGGCAACCCGGUUAACAGAGAGAAACACACUUCACUUGGGUUUCCCGUUAAUUCGACAAGGAAAAACAAAUAAAACAAAAUGGAGCCUCAUCGAUCGUACAACAAUCCCAGCAGUUCAACAUCGGAUAAUUUAUCUGCCACUAAUCAGCUCGCUAACAUCACUCCAAAAGAAGAGCCUGUGUCUCCUCCCGCAUCUCCUAAUCGCAACUAUCGACGAGGACCUAUUAUUGUCUAUGGUGGUGGCUUGAAAUGGAACUUUCCAGUCCGUUCUGACAUUGAUUCUCCUCCUGUUUCAAAUGGCACCAACAAUCCUGUUACUGGUUCAACUCCUCAUUCACCCACUCAGUCAACGAGUUCAGUGCCUGACCAAAACCUGGUUCCAGUUAACGCUGUUUCAUCAUCAGAAGCUACUUCUGUUCCUUUGACAAAAAACCAAAAACUUAGGCUCAAAAGAAAGUUGUUCUUGCAGAAGCGAAGACAAAUUGCAGAGGAAACUGGCAUUAUCUGUCCAGUUGAGCAAAGAUACUUGCUGAAACAACAACUAAAUGCUGAAAAAAGAGCUAAACUCUUCUAUCAAAAAGGUAUGGAAGAAGCGAUCGCUGUUCAAGAAAAAUUAAAAGAUGUAGAUAUCAAGCCUUUCGCCAUAAAACAGGAGCUUCAAGGAGACACUGAGAUCCAGGAUGCGUUUCAAAAAUGCAACGAAUUUUUAUCUCGCGCUGAAAGUAUCGCAUAUUUUGCUUUAAAAUUCAAUAAAAUGCGAGCAUCAUCAGACCCAUGUAAUGUCCCACCUCUUGGACCUGAAAUUGAUUCCCCUAAAGAUUAUUUGGAGAAAGUUAUCUUGAAUAAAACUGAAUAGAAAACAAUAAAAUUGCCAUUUUUUAAACUAA